ACGGUAUUUUGGUGAGAAGAUUGGCUUGUACUUUGCCUGGUUAGGCUGGUACACAGGAAUGCUCUUUCCAGCUGCUUUCAUUGGACUGUUUGUCUUUUUAUAUGGAGUCGCCACACUGAAGCACUGCCAAGUCAGUAAAGAAGUCUGCCAAGCUACAGACAUUAUCAUGUGUCCUAUAUGUGAUAAAUACUGCCCCUUCAUGAAGUUGUCAGAUAGCUGUGUUUAUGCCAAGGUAACAAAUCUUUUUGACAAUGGAGCUACAGUCUUUUUUGCUGUUUUCAUGGCAGUGUGGGCAACUGUUUUCCUUGAAUUUUGGAAGAGAAGACGAGCAGUAAUUGGCUAUGACUGGGAUUUGAUAGACUGGGAAGAGGAGGAGGAAGAAAUACGCCCCCAGUUUGAAGCCAAAUACUCCAAGAAAGAGCGAAUGAAUCCCAUAUCUGGAAAACCAGAGCCUUAUCAAGCAUUUGCAGAUAAAUGCAGCAGGAUUAUUGUUUCUGCAUCUGGAAUAUUUUUUAUGAUCUGUGUGGUGAUUGCUGCUGUUUUUGGCAUUGUUAUUUACCGGGUCGUGACAGUCAGCACUUUUGCUGCCUUUAAGUGGGCUUUAAUCAGGAAUAACUCUCAGGUUGCAACGACGGGGACUGCAGUCUGCAUCAACUUUUGCAUCAUCAUGCUAUUGAAUGUCUUGUAUGAAAAGGUUGCUCUUUUUCUUACAAAUUUAGAGCAGCCUCGUACUGAGUCUGAGUGGGAGAACAGCUUCACAUUGAAAAUGUUCCUUUUUCAAUUUGUCAAUCUGAACAGCUCUACCUUUUAUAUAGCAUUCUUCCUUGGAAGAUUUACAGGUCACCCUGGUGCCUACUUGAGGCUAAUAAACAGAUGGAGACUGGAAGAGUGCCACCCUAGUGGAUGCCUUAUAGAUCUCUGUCUGCAGAUGGGUAUCAUAAUGGUGCUAAAGCAGACUUGGAACAACUUCAUGGAACUGGGCUAUCCGUUAAUUCAAAAUUGGUGGACCAGAAGAAGAGUGCGACAUGAGCAUGGCUCCCAGCGAAAAGCUAACUUCCCACAGUGGGAGAAGGACUACAACCUGCAGCCUAUGAAUGCCUACGGACUCUUUGAUGAAUACCUAGAAAUGAUUCUUCAGUUUGGAUUCACAACUAUAUUUGUGGCAGCUUUCCCACUUGCUCCACUUCUGGCUUUACUUAACAAUAUUAUUGAAAUCCGUCUUGAUGCGUACAAAUUUGUCACACAGUGGAGACGGCCAUUAGCUUCAAGAGCCAAAGAUAUAGGAAUCUGGUAUGGAAUUCUAGAAGGCAUUGGAAUUCUUUCUGUUAUUACAAACGCAUUUGUCAUAGCUGUAACUUCAGAUUUUAUCCCCCGGCUCGUUUAUGCUUACAAAUAUGGACCAUGUGCAGGCCAAGGGGAGGCUGGACAAAAGUGCAUGGUUGGCUACGUUAAUGCAAGUUUAUCAGUAUUUCUAGUGUCUGACUUUGAACAUCGUUCAGAACCAACAUCAAAUGGAAGUGAGUUCUCUGGCUCACCAUUAAAAUAUUGCAGGUAUAGAGACUAUCGUGACCCACCUCAUGCUCCAGUACCCUAUGGCUACACACUACAGUUCUGGCAUGUCUUAGCUGCACGAUUGGCAUUUAUUAUUGUAUUUGAGCACCUCGUCUUUUGCAUAAAACACCUGAUUUCCUAUUUAAUCCCAGACCUUCCCAAAGAUCUAAGAGAUCGAAUGAGAAGAGAAAAAUAUCUGAUCCAGGAAAUGAUGUAUGAAGCAGAACUGGAGCGUCUCCAGAAAGAAAGGAAAGAGAGGAAGAAAAAUGGAAAAUCAUGCAACAAUGAGUGGCCAUAA